GGUAAUAGCAUGGACAGUGAAGGAAAAAGAAAGAAAGUAUAUAUCUCCUCUCACGGACCCCACGGCCUUGUCUCAAUAUCCGUGUCUCCAUGCGAUUCCGCACGUGACUACCUCUUUUACAAAACCCUCCUCCAAUUCCAUCUCGCCACGUGUCCUUUACCUUCCACAAAUGAUGACUACCAAAUCAACCGCUAUCAUACACUCUCACACACUUCAAAGCAACGUAGAUAUUUCCAUUUCCAUUUCCAUUUUCAACUCCAAUUCUCGCGAGAUUCAAUCUCGCACUCACACUUCACCGAUUCAUCAAAGAAGAAAGUGUGAGUGGAUCGACAAAGAUGAGUCACAGCAUCUUUCAUCAAACUUUGCUUUGUCAAACGCAAUCGGUUGCUGAGCAUCAAAGUAAGCUUAAUUCUCGUGGAGGUACUGCCAAUACUUUAUUCCAAUCGCAGAGUGUUGAUAAAGAAAAGAAGCUUUUGCUUUCUACAAAUUUUCGCGGGAAUAAGUUGUUUGUUAGAAAACGGAAAGUUGUUAUGGGAAGGAAUCAAGCUAUUCCGCGCGCUGUGUUAACUUCGAAUGCAGGUUCUCAGCUUUCGGAGAAGUUCAACCUCGAUGGAAAUAUUGAAUUGCAGGUCAGUGUUGGUUCUUCAGGAUCAGGAGCCGCAACACAAGUAGAUGUUCAGCUUUCAAAUACUAGUGGCCCUUUUGUUUUACAUUGGGGAAUUAUAUGUCAAAGUCAAGGGAAGUGGGUACUUCCUUCUCGUCACCCAGAUGGAACUCAAGUUUAUAAGAAUAGAGCUCUCAGAACUCCUUUUGUUAAAUCUGGGUCAGGAUCCUUACUUAGGAUAGAAAUUGACGAUCCUGCCGCACAAGCCAUCGAGUUCCUUAUAAUUGACGAAGCUCAGAAUAAGUGGUAUAAAAACCAUGGCGACAACUUUCACAUCAAGUUACCAGUAAAAGAUAAGCUAGUUCAGCAAGUUUCAGUUCCUGAAGACCUUGUACAAAUUCAAGCAUAUAUUAGGUGGGAACGAAAGGGUAAGCAGUCAUACAACCCAGAGCAAGAGAAGGAGGAAUAUGAAGCGGCUCGACGUGAAUUACUGGAGGAAGUAUCUAGGGGUACUUCUAUACAAGACAUUCGUGCAAGGUUGACUAAUAAAGCUAGCGAGGGUGAAGUAAAGGAGCCUAACAAAGCUAAUGCUGCUGAAGUAAAUAAGCCUUCUGCUUCAAAAACAAAGACCAUCCCUGAGGAACUUGUACAGAUUCAAGCUUUUAUACGCUGGGAAAAAUCUGGGAAGCCUAAUUAUUCUCCAGAACAACAACUUAUUGAAUUUGAGGAAGCAAGAAAAGAGUUGCAAGCUGAGCUUGAGAAGGGUGCCUCUGUGGAUGAGAUACAAAAGAAGAUUACCAAAGGAGAGAUACAAACCAAAGUUUCCAAGCAAUUGAAAACCCAAAAAUACUUUCGCUCUGAACGAAUACAACGGAAAAAGAGAGAUCUGACGCAGCUUAUCAACAAAAAUGCCGCUGAAAACAUAGACCAACAAAUUGUAGAUGCAUACCAACAAUCUAUAGAUGCUCCAAAGACUUUGACAGUAAUUGAAAGAUAUGCCAAGGCAAGGGAGGAAUUUGAUACGGGUAGUGUUUUGAAUAGAAAAAUAUACAAGCUUGCUAAUAAUGAUCUAUUGGUCCUCAUUACCAAAGAUGGUGGUAAGAUAAAGGUUCACCUGGCUACAGACUACAAAAUACCUGUUACACUUCACUGGGCCUUAUCUAGAACAACACCUGGAGAGUGGUUGGAACCACCGGCAGGUUCUAUACCCCCUGGGUCUGUUAUUAUGGAUAAGGCUGUAGAAACACCUUUUAAAGCCGGUUCUUCAUCUGAUCCUUCUUCUGAGGUCCAGUCUUUAGAUAUAGAGGUCAAUGAUGAAACAUUUGGAGGAUUAACUUUUGUCAUUCUAUCAGACGGACAGUGGUUAAAGAACAACGGAUCAGAUUUUUCUAUUGAAUUUGGUGGGAAGAAGCAGAUACAAAAGGAUGUUGGUGAUGGCAAAGGUACAGCUAAGUCCUUGCUGGAUAAAAUAGCAGAAGUGGAAAGUGAGGCACAAAAGUCCUUUAUGCAUAGAUUUAAUAUUGCAGCGGAUUUGAUAGAUCAGGCCAAAAAUGGUGGUCAAUUGGGUCUUGCGGGUAUUUUGGUGUGGAUGAGAUUUAUGGCUACGAGACAGCUCAUAUGGAACAAAAAUUACAACGUGAAGCCACGUGAGAUAAGUAAAGCCCAGGAUAGGCUUACAGAGUUGCUCCAGAAUGUUUAUGCAAGUUAUCCACAGUACAGGGAAGUUGUGAGGAUGAUCCUUUCUACUGUUGGUCGUGGAGGUGAAGGUGAUGUGGGACAGCGUAUUCGAGACGAAAUCCUUGUCAUCCAGAGUAAAAAUCAUUGCAAGGGUGGAAUGAUGGAGGAAUGGCACCAAAAGUUACACAAUAAUACUAGUCCUGAUGAUGUUGUAAUCUGUCAGGCACUAAUUGAUUAUAUAAGUAGCGACUUUGAUAUUUCUGUUUAUUGGAAAACAUUGAAUGACAAUGGAAUAACAAAAGAACGUCUUCUGAGUUAUGACCGUGCCAUCCGUAACGAACCCAAUUUUAGUAGAGAUCAGAAGGAAGGUCUUUUGCGAGAUCUGGGACACUACAUGAGGACAUUGAAGGCAGUUCAUUCAGGUGCAGAUCUUGAAUCAGCUAUUACAAACUGCUUAGGCUACAAAUCUGAGGGUCAGGGCUUCAUGGUUGGGGUGCAGAUAAAUCCAGUGCCUGGUUUGCCAUCUGGUUUUACUGAAUUAGCUCAGUUUGUCAUGGAACAUGUUGAAGAAAAGAAUGUUGAACCUCUGCUUGAGGGUUUGCUAGAGGCUCGUCAGGAUCUACGACCAUUACUCAAUAAGUCCCAAAGUCGCCUGAAAGAUCUUUUAUUUUUGGAUAUUGCCCUUGAUUCUACGGUUAGAACAGCAGUAGAAAGGGCAUAUGAGGAAUUAAAUAAUGCUGGACCUGAGAAAAUAAUGUACUUUAUCUGCUUGGUACUUGAAAACCUUGCACUUUCAUCAGACGACAAUGAAGAUCUCAUCUACUGUUUGAAGGGAUGGAAUCUUGCCUUAAGCAUGUGUAAAGGUAAAGACACUCAGUGGGCAUUGUAUGCAAAGUCAGUCCUUGACAGAACACGCCUUGCACUCACAAAUAAGGCAGAGUCAUACCAGAAAAUUCUUCAGCCAUCGGCUGAAUAUCUUGGAUCAUUACUUGGCGUGGAAAAUUGGGCUGUGGAAAUAUUUACUGAAGAAAUUAUCCGUGCUGGAUCUGCAGCUUCUUUGUCUACUCUUGUAAAUCGACUAGAUCCUGUACUCCGAAAGACUGCUAAUCUUGGAAGUUGGCAGGUUAUUAGCCCAAUUGAAACUGUUGGAUAUGUUGAGGUCGUGGAUGAGUUGCUAGCUGUUCAAAACAAAUCAUAUGAGCGACCUACAAUUUUGAUAGCCAAGAGCGUGAAGGGAGAAGAGGAAAUUCCAGAUGGUACAGUUGCUGUCUUGACACCUGAUAUGCCAGAUGUCCUUUCUCAUGUAUCUGUGCGAGCAAGAAAUAGCAAGGUGUGUUUUGCGACAUGUUUUGAUCCCGAUAUCUUUGCUGACCUCCAAUCAAAUAAAGGAAAGCUCCUGCGCUUAAAGCCUACGUCUGCUGAGGUAGUUUACAGUGAGGUCAAGGAGGGUGAGGAUAUUGAUGACAAAUCAACCGACCUGAAAGAAGAUGGUUCUGUUCCAACUUUAUCUUUGGUCAGAAAGCAGUUCAGUGGUAGAUAUGCUAUCUCAUCUGAAGAAUUCACUGGUGAAAUGGUUGGAGCUAAAUCUCGUAAUAUCUCUUACUUGAAAGGAAAGGUGCCUUCUUGGGUAGGAAUACCUACCUCGGUUGCCAUACCAUUUGGAGUUUUUGAACAUGUUCUCUCUGAUAAGUCAAAUCAGGUUGUGGCUGAGAAGGUCAAUAUUUUGAAAAAGAAGUUAACUGAAGGAGACUUCAGUGCCCUCAAGGAGAUUCGUGAAACAGUUUUAGAGUUGAAUGCACCACCCAAGUUGGUAGAGGAAUUGAAAACUACAAUGAAGGGUUCUGGGAUGCCUUGGCCGGGUGAUGAAGGUGAACAACGCUGGGGACAGGCAUGGAAGGCUAUAAAAAAAGUGUGGGGCUCAAAGUGGAAUGAAAGAGCGUACUUCAGCACAAGAAAAGUAAAACUGGACCACGAUUAUCUUUCCAUGUCCGUCCUUGUACAGGAAGUGAUUAAUGCUGACUAUGCUUUUGUCAUCCACACAACCAAUCCAACCUCUGGAGACUCUUCAGAAAUAUAUACAGAGGUUGUAAAGGGACUAGGUGAAACACUGGUUGGAGCUUAUCCUGGCCGUGCUUUGAGUUUUAUCUGCAAAAAACAUGAUUUGAACUCUCCUCAGGUCUUGGGUUAUCCUAGCAAACCUAUUGGGCUAUUUAUAAGACGGUCAAUAAUUUUCCGGUCUGAUUCCAAUGGUGAAGAUCUUGAAGGUUAUGCUGGUGCUGGUCUUUAUGACAGUGUGCCAAUGGAUGAAGAGGAUAAAGUGGUGCUAGAUUACUCAUCAGAUAAACUGAUGAUUGAUGGCAGUUUUCGCCAGUCAAUCAUGUCAAGCAUUGCCCGUGCAGGACAUGCAAUUGAAGAGUUGUAUGGCACUCCUCAGGACAUUGAAGGUGUCAUCAAGGAUGGAAAAGUCUAUGUUGUCCAGACCAGACCACAAGUGUAGGUCUCUAGACUCAUAACAGAUAAGCCUCACAUCUCAACUACGUUCAUCACCAUAUAGUAUACGACAUUUCAAAUAAAACGCGAGUAGCUUCUUGCGAAAUUGAGAGCUUUGGUUUGUACUUUUAAUGUAACUAUAUAUACAUGAAAAUAAGGAAUAAUGUGCAACUAUAGAAUAAUGUAAAUACAUAAUCAUUUAUUUUUGGCUAAA